AUGGAUAGGUUCUAUCAGCUCCCUCCGGAACUCCGUGCGACAGUGGUUGAGUGCCUUGUCGACCACUGGCGGCACGGCGAUGAAUCAGACUCCAUCGCUGGCUACGCCUCGGUCUGUAAGGAAUGGCAGGCCAUCGUUGAACGCUACAACUUUUCAGUUCUUCGGGUCACUCAGUCCGGCCUGGAUGAGUUUGAGACCUCCCUGGUGGGCUCUCGCCGAGGGCUCUUGAGACAGAUUAACCUCUAUGUUCAACUGCCCACCUACGACAAUGAUCCCUGCGAAAAGAAGGAGACUUGGGAAGACAAGGCUGAAAAUAAUACCUGCUUCACACGAGCAGUAUAUGGCCUCUUUCGUUUGAUGAGUUCGUGGACCUUGGAAGAGGCUCAUCGAGACGGCAUCGACUUGACUUUAAGUAUCUCCUCGCCAAGUGACCUCCGCAAUGCGAAUUUUGAACUGUGGCAGCGGCGUAGAUGGAAUAUCAAAGACAUCGGAGAGAAGCGAUUUGCAGAUUCCUGGAUAGACUUUGUCGGUCACGAUGAAGAAUUCGCCCGGAUGAAUCUGCUGCCUUUUGUGCAGGUCAUUCGCUCCUUCAAAGCGAGCCCCCAGAACCACCGAGCCUUGAUGCCGGCCGCUCAUGCCGAUAUCAUCGCCAGACUUCCGGGACUUCAAGAAGCAGCUUUUGAUGUCUUAAAGGAUAGAAGGAAGGAGACACGGAAAAUACACUUUAAUCAAUUCGCCGGCUCCAUGACCACAUGGCCGCUCUCCCUGCAAAGCUUAUCAAUAUCAUCCAACACCAUCUCUUCGUGGCGUCAAAUUCCCCAUGAAGCUCUGGCAGAGGCAGACAGCGGCCAAAGGCUCUGCGAGAAAUUACGCAAUACUGCUCGGCAUCUUAAACACUUGAACAUCACCAACGUUGUGCGUAUCCGGGAAUUCUUGCGGCCCUACUGGCCCCAGGGUAUGGAUGACACGGAGCCCUUUCUUAUGACUCGCCUCUAUAAGCCCGAUUUCUGGCGUUUGGAGACGAUGCACGUCUCUUAUGGGUCCAUUUGGUACAAUACCGAGUGGCACAAACAGGGUGAUGAUAUUAAUGAGUCCUCCGAUCUCAUCGACUUUCGCCAGAGUGUGUCGCUAGCUGCAGCACGACUCGCGUACACAAUGCCCGCUCUUAAGCACAUGACGGUCAAGCAACGCCCUCUAAUGUACGCAGGCAAGCAUGAGCUCGAGUACAAAGUCGAAGAUGGUAAGGCAAAGAUUACUUGGACAAGCAGCUUCGAGUUCAAGCCGUGGGAUCGGACAGUGGAGGCGUGGACCGAGGUUGCUAGGCGGUACGCAGGGGCGGAGCUUGAUACCCGUGUCGUCACGAUGCCUUGGCAUAUGGACGGCAAGGCACCUCACCUGCCGUCCCUCACAUUUUAG